AUGGAGAAUUUGGGUAUGAGCUACAAUGAAUUCAAUGGAAGCAUUCCUGUCGAUAUUGGGAAGCUUCGGAAUUUAGGGAGACUGAUUCUUAACAACAACAAACUAUCAGGAGAUAUCCCUUCCUCCCUUGGGAGCUUAACAGAGUUACUCAUACUUGACUUGCAAGGAAAUGAUUUUCAAGGCAUCAUCCCUCCAACAUUGGGUUUGAACCUGUCUCAAAACUACCUGAGUGGUUCUCUCCCCAUGGAAGUUGGAAAUCUGAAAGGUCUGAAUUCUUUGGACCUUUCUCAUAACAAGUUAUCCGGGGAAAUUCCAACCAGUAUUGGCAAGUGUCAAAGUUUAGAAGUCCUCCACUUGCAAGGCAACUCCUUCCAAGGGACCAUUACUACAUCUUUGGAAAGGGCUUCAAUUCUUGGAUCUCUCUCAAAACACCCUCUCAGAAAGCUCUGCGGCGGUGUCGCUCAACUCCAGCUGCCCAAAUGCAACUACCCUUUCAAAGAUUCCAAGAAAAGGAGCUUCAAAUUGCUACUGAUCGAUGGGUUCUCUUCAGAUAAUUUGGUUGGUACUGGUAGUUUUGGGAUGGUCUACAAAGGCAUUCUGAAUGAUGUUGGAACUCUUGUUGCUGUCAAAGCUCUGGUUUAUGAGUUCAUGGAGAAUGGAAGCUUAGAAGAGUGGCUGCAUCAAACUACUGAAACUGAACAAGUGACCCCAGAAGCACCCGACAUAGCCAUUGAUGUUGCUUGUGCACUAGAUUAUCUUCAUAAUCAUUGUGAAACUCAGAUAGUUCAUUGUGAUCUCAAGCCAAGCAAUGUCCUUUUAGAUAAGGAACUGACUGGACAUGUUUCUGAUUUUGGACUAGCAAGGUUUCUCUCUGAAGUUACAGAUAACGUCUCUGCAAAUCAAACACAUUCACUGGGACUAGGAGGAUCCAUUGGCUAUGCUGCACCAGAGUAUGGAAUGGGAAGUGAAGUGUCAACAUAUGGGGAUGUGUAUAGCUUCAGUAUCCUCUUAUGGCUUGCUCUGAGGGCGUUGCCAAGAUUGCAGACUCAAGGCUUCUUUCAAGAAGAUAUAGUUGCUACAUGCAUCAACAAAACUCCCAAUCAGCGCUGCGUGAGAACUGGAAAACUUGAAGAUUGCUUGAGUCUGAUCUUUGGAAUUGGGAUUGCUUGUUCUGCUGAAUCACCGAGAAACCGGAUGGAUGUUAGUGAUGCUGCAUCUGAAUUGCAUUCCAUCAGGAACAUUCUUGUUGCGUAG